CCAAUCCAAUGGCACAUCUGUGCAUAUGGUUAUUGUUGCGUUGGUUUCGCACUGCCCGCGCUGCCGCAGCUCUUCCCGCUAGAGACAUUCAGUGACUUAUCUUCCCACCUGGCCCUCAGUCACGACGGUCACGACUCCUACCCAGUGUUCCCACCUGACUUGGCGUGGCAUGGCUUCGGAGAGGACGGGGCCGUUCCCGCUUCUGGAGCUCGGGUCGACAGCAGACCUCGACAAGUGGCUCAUCUUCAGCAACCUGAACAAAGCCUUUGUGUCGACGCUACGGAUGGCCUGCGUCUUCGGCAGUUCGGGCAACGAGGCGCUGGUCGUAACCAGCAACGAUGACGUCUACGCGCUCGGUUCCAACUCCAGUGGCUGCCUGGGCCUGGGUGACACUCACGGAAGUCUGGAGCCAAGAAAAGUGGACGCGCUGUGCCGCAAGGGCAUCCAGGGCCUGGCCUACGGGAGCGGACCCCACGUGCUGGCGGUCACGCAGUCGGGAGACCUGCUGAGCUGGGGUCACAACGGCUACUGCCAGCUGGGCAACAACUGCAACACCCAGGGCCUUGUGCCCUCCUCCAUCGUGGUCACCAUGCACCACCAAGUUGCGCACGUGGCCUGCGGGUCGCACCACUCCCUUGCCCUCACCUGUGCGGGAGAGGUGUAUGCAUGGGGCCAGAAUAACUGUGGCCAGGUUGGGUCGGGCUCAACCACAAACCAGCCUACCCCCCGCAAGGUGACCUCGGGUAUUGGUGGAAGACGUUGCAUUGGAAUCGCCUGUGGCCAAACAUCAUCCAUGGCCGUCAUGGAGAAUGGGGAGGUGUUUGGCUGGGGUUACAAUGGCAACGGGCAGCUUGGGCUCGGCAACAACGUCAACCAAACCAGUCCCUGCCGAGUCACCAAUUUGCAGGGGGUCGUCGUCCAAAAGGUCGUAUGUGGUUACGCCCACACCAUGGCCCUGUCGGACGAGGGUGUGCUCUACACCUGGGGCGCCAACUCCUACGGGCAACUGGGCACGGGGAACAAGGCCAACCAAGUCAGCCCUUUCAGAAUGCCCACCGAGAUCGGGAGGGUGGUGGAGAUUGCAGCGUCUCACUACAACCACAUCUCGGCGGCGGCGACGCAGACGUCGAAAGUGUACAUGUGGGGCCAGUGCAGGGGCCAGUCGGUGACUUCGCCCACCGAGACAUCGUUCCACUCCAUCCACGACGUGUUCGCCAGCUUUGCCUGCCCUGCGGUCACCUGGAAGCCCAUGGCGCUCGACAUCUGUCAUUCCAACAAGGUCAGUGACAGUGUAAAGAUGGCCUUCAAUGAUCCUAGCACCAGCGACCUCAAGUUUUGCGUGGAAGGGAGGCUGAUACACGUGCACAAGGCCAUCCUCAAAAUUAGGUGUGAACACUUCAGGUCCAUGUUCCAGUCUCAUUGGGAGGAAGAUGACAAAGACACGGUGGACGUGACGACAUUCCCGUACAGCGUUUACAAAGCAUUCCUCGAGUAUCUGUACACUGACGAAGUGCAGCUGCCGCCGGAAGACGCCAUCGGACUUCUGGACUUGGCCAAUUCCUACUGCGAGACUCAGCUCAAGCGCCACUGCGAGCGGAUCAUCAAGAACGGCAUCCUGGUGGAGAACGUGGCGAUGCUCUACGCGGCUGCCAUCAAGUUUGAUGCCAAGGACCUGGAAGACUUCUGCUUCCACUUUGCCAUGAACCACCUGACAGCUGUGGUUCAGACGGAGGCAUUCAACAGGCUCGAGGGCUCCACCAUCAAAACCUUCAUCUCCAAGGCCGCCGUCUAUGGGGCCUUCAAGUACUGACGGUUGCAGGAGCCCUCUUUCCCAGGGUCAAACGCUUCUUCCUAGGCCGGAAAAAGUCUCGACGCGCUGGGGAGGAGUAAUUUUAGCCUUUGUCAUUUUUUUGUACCGUACAAGCCGUUUGCUCUUCUUUAUAAAUUAGGACCCUCCCCCCCCCCCUCGCUUUAAAAUUGUAGCGGAAAGAAAAAAGAUUAUUUGGCCUUGCUUGGACGUUUUUUGGCGUCCCUCAAGAAACAUUAAAGCGAAGGAAGCUCCUGAUGGCCGAUGCCAAAUGUACGAGACUUUAUAAGGUUUCUGCAGCUUUCUAACAAACUGUUUUUGGUCCCGAGGUGCAGUUUUUAUCGAUCUAAUAUAAUUGUGCACGCUUUUCCACGUAUGUGUAGCUAAGUGCGAUCUUGGGGCUCGUGCCUAGUGUUUAUUCUCGUCUAUGGCUUGUGUCGCGCAAGCAGAGAGGAUUUGAUCUGCCCUCGACCAUACAGAUUUUUAUCCUCGACAUACAAUCCUCAGUGUCAUACUAGUAACAAAAAGAGAAAAAAAAAAGGGAACAAAAAGUUUUUUUGUUAUCGUUGCAUUCCGGUUUCGCAGUGGUGGCGUGCCCUCCUGCAGCUUUGUAAAGAUGCGAGGUUCCGAUACUGAGGUGCCGUUUUUAAUUGUGUAUCUGAUAAUAUAUAUUUUAUCCUGGGUAUAGCAAAAUGCAGUUUUUACUCUGUAUAGCUCGUAUCUUGCACUUACUCUCAUUUAUUUUUUGUGCCUCGUGAACUUGAAAAUAUUUCAAACUCUGACAUACGAUGUGUCGUAGUAACAAAAAAUAAUUUGUUACGGGUUUCUUUGUUUUUUUUCUUUUUGAGUGCUGGCACGAGUGUAAAUAAGCUGAAAAUAUCUACCACACUGCAAGACGUGUAGCUCUCUGCCCGUGUUCCAGCGCUAAAAAAGGUCAACAGUGUUCAAAAGAUGCAGCGGAAGCACUCCAUACGCUGCUGUGGUAGUCAUAUGCACUCCGACGUCUGUGAUAUUUUGUGGGGGUUAGCAAGGGUACUACUGUUAUAGCCAAUGUGAAAACAUUCUACCCUUUCAAGAAAUUCUUAUCCAAUGUUGCGCACGUUUCUUCUGUCCCAAGUAAGAAAAUUGAAGCUUGUCGGUUGCAAAUCUUUCAUUGGAAGGAAUCAGUGACAGUUUAUGCGCCAUUAUUAAACUGUUGUCCGUGUUUUAAGAGCUACACAUGCCAGUUCUGUAUUCAUUGUAUUUUCUUUGGGACCAGUAAUAUCGUCCCACAAAGAUUUGCAUCUUCCAAAAAAAAAAAAAAAAAAAACCUUGACUUGUUUGAAAGACAGUAUCCCCUUCUGGCCUGCACAACUUGCCCUGUAAAGUUUGUACCUGGAUAAGGUUUUGAUAAACAUUUUUUACUCUGUG